GUGUUGGGGCGCGUUUCGGGGGGAAAGGGUGAGGGACGGACCGCGCGUGGGGGAUUGGGGAGGAACGGACCACUUCCGGCGGAAGUGGCUGAGGGACGGGCGCGGGAAGAGCGGCUCGCCAUGGAACCGGAGCCGGGACCGGGCCCUGAUCCCGACCCGGGCCUUGAUCCCGACAUGGAUCCGGGCCCCGACCUUGUAGCGGGCCCCGGCCACGAUCCGGGAACGGGCCCGGUGCCGGUAGCGGAGCCGGUAACGGACCCGGCAAACGAUCCCGACGUGGAGCCGCUGCACCGGGGCGGCUUCCGCUGCCGCCUGUGCCAGAUCACCACGGCCAACCUUCCCAGCCUGCUCUCGCACCUCUCCGGGAAGCGCCACCGGCGGCUCCGGUGUCUCCGGGCCGAGCGCCGCGCGCAGGCGCAGCGGAGCCUCUUCGUCAGCGGCUUCGCCCGGGGCACCGCGCCCGAGCGCCUGCGCCGCCACUUCCGCGCCUUCGGGCCUGUCGCGACAGUCGUGAUGGACAAGGAGAAGGGCGCGUUCGCCAUCGUGGAGCUGCGGGACCCCGCGGGGCGGCAGCGGGCGCUGGAGGAGCCCCGGCACCUCCUGGGGGGGCGGCGGCUGCGGGUGCGGCCCCGGGAGCACCGGGACUGGCCCCGGGACCCCCCCCGGGACCCCCCCGGGACCCCCCCGGCACCCCCGGGGCUGCUGCAGGCGCUGGGCCGGGCCCAGGACGUGGCGGCGCAGCUGCAGCUGCUGGUGGCGGCGCUGGAGCUGAGCGCGGCCGAGCGGCGCCUGCGGGAGCUGCUGGUGAGCCUGGUCCGGGAGGUGUUCACAGAGUUCUUCCCAGGCUGCUCCGUUGUCCCCUACGGCUCCUCUGUCAACGGCUUCGACGUCCACGGCUGCGACCUGGACCUGCACCUGGAGCUGGGGGACCCCCAGGGCCAGGAGACCCCAAACGGGGACCCCCAAAUCCCAGAGACCCCAAACGGGGACCCCCAAAUCCCAACGACCCGAAAUGAGGACCCCCAGAGUCUGAGAACCCCAAACGGGGACCCCCAAAUCCCAGAGACCCCAAAUGAGGACCCCCAAAUCCCAGAGACCCCAAAUGGGGACCCCCAGAUCCCAGCGACCCCAAACGGGGACCCCCAAAUCCCAGAGACCCCAAAUGAGGACCCCCAAAUCCAGAGACCCCAAACGGGGACCCCCAGAGUCGGGUCCCUUUUGGGGGGCGGGGGGUCCCUUUUGGGGCGGGGGGCUCCCCCGGAGCAGGUGCUGGCUCUGGUGGGCGCGGUGCUGCGGCGCUGCGUGCCGGGGGUCCGGCGGGUCCGGGCCGUGCCCGGGGCUCGGCGCCCCGUGGUCAAAUUCAGCCACAAACAGUCGGGGCUGGCCGGGGACGUGUGCCUGGACAACCGCCUGGCCCUGUUCAACACGCGCUUCCUGCGCCUCUGCGCCGAUGCCGACCCGCGGGUGCGGCCCCUGGGCUACGCCCUGCGCCUCUGGGCGGGGCGGCAGCGGCUGGCAGGGAACCGGGCGGGGGGCGGCCCCCUCCUCACCAACUACGCGCUGACGCUGCUGCUGGUGCUGUUCCUGCAGAGCCGCAGCCCCCCCGUGCUGCCCUCGGUGCGGCGCCUCCGCCUCCUCGCAGGGCCCCAGGACCGUGCCCAGGUUGGGGGGUGGGAUUGCAGCUUCCCCCGGGAUGUGGCGGCGCUGGAGCCCAGCGGGAACGGGCAGAGCGCCGCCUCCCUCCUGGCCGAAUUCUUCUCCUAUUUCGGGACCCUGGAUCUGGGGGGGCUCCUCCUGUCCCCCCUGGAGGGCCGAGCUCUGCCGCGCCCCCCCCCCGAGAGCCUCGGGGGUCUCCGCCCGGGCCCCCUGACCCUGCAGGACCCCUUCGAGCUCAGCCACAACGUGGCCGCCAAUGUCACGGCGCGCACGGUGUCGCGAUUCGUGCGCUGCUGUCGCGACGCCGCCCGCCUCUGUCGCGGCCCCGAGUUCCUGCAGAAGUCGCGCCGGGGCCGCCCCUGGGGGGUGAUGCGGCUGCUCCAGCCCGGGAAUGCCGAGGGUUCCCCCGGGAAAUUCCUGAUCCCGGUCCCGCUGCGACCCCCGGUGGGGAUCGGGGGGGUCCCGCAGCGCCAGGUGAGCGCGGCCCUGGGGUUCGUGCUCCGGGAGGUGCUGGGGUGCGGCUGCGAGCCCGAGGGGGCGGCUGGGGACACGGGGACAGCGGAGGAGCCACCCCCGGGAGCCCAGUGUCACCUGGGGAGGGGGACAGGAGGGUCUCGGGGGGAGUUUGGGGACACGGGGACAGCGGGGGGGCCACCCCCGGGAGCCCAGUGUCACCUGGGGAGGGGGACAGGAGGGUCUCGGGGGGAAUUUGGGGACGCGGGGACACCGGGGCCGGGCUCGAAGCGUCGCCUCUCCGAGGGGGUCCCGGAUGGGGCGGGGGUCCCGCCCGCCAAGCGGCCCCGGGGCCCCGCGAGCCCCUCCCGGUGGAGCUGCUGCGUCUGGUACCGGGUGUGGCGGGGCCGCCGCCGCCUCCGCCGCCGCCUCCGGUCCCGGGGGGGCUCCGGGGGUGCUCCGGGGACCGGAGAGAACCGGGGGGAUCAAGGGCUUGAGGGUCCCGGGGGGGCUCCGGAUCCCGGGGGCGCUCAGGGUCCCGGUGGUCCCGGGGGGGUUCAGGAUUUCGGGGGGUCCCCCCUGGCCCUGGAACGAGCCGUGACCGAGGCCAUUGUCCGAGGGGACACCGGGACCCCCCCAGGGCCCCCCCCGGAGCCGCUGCUGCGUUUCCAGCUCAGCGCCCGCCCGGGGGGGUCGCGCCGGGACCCCCAAAUGUUGCUGCAGCUCCAGCCCGACCCCCCCUCGCCGCUUUUCCAGGAGUUUUUCCACUUUUUGCGGAGUUUCCUGCCCGAAAUGGUGCGGCAGCGGCUGGGCUGGGGGCGGGCGGGGGGCGCGGAGCCCCCCGGGGAGGGGGAGUUUGUAAAUCCUGAGGUUUUGCAGUAA